UGGAGCUUUUCAGAAGGUCACUCAGUACAACUGUGAACCUAUUAUCCAGAUACCUGCUCUCAGCUCUGCUGCAUACACAAAGAUGUCAACUCCAGCUACUAGCUCAGUUACUUGUCCUAUUCCUUCUGGGGGACGUGUGUUUACAACGUUUCCAGAAAUCCUGAUGCUAGGUGAAUUUGUUUUUGGUGGUUUAGUCUGGAUCCUUGUGGCGUCCUCUAAAGUUGUAUUUCCAGAUGACGAAGGCUGGGUGAUGUUUGUUUCCGUCUUCUGUUUUGUUAUAACCACAUUGCUGUUCAUAUUGUACAUGGCUGGAGUUCAAAAGAGAAGUGUAAAUGGAUGGCUUCGUGUGGAUGUAUUUUACCACUUCUUCGCUGCUGUUUUUUAUUUGAGCGCAGCAGUUCUGGAGACUAGCAACACAAGGCACCUUUUAAUUGCACUUGCCCCCAAAAUUUACAAGCUCAAUAUUUCCGCCACGGUGUUUGCAUAUUUAGCCACUUUACUUUAUACGGUGCAUGCAAUGGGAUCUAUAAUCAGAUGGAAAUCAUCAUAGACUGCUUGACACGGCUGAAGGAAACCAACAGGGAUCAACAUUUUUAUCAGAAGAUAUUUUUUAAAACAAAAUAAAAUGCGGCUCCUCUUUUUAAAACUCUGAUUGUUGUUCGUUUCAUGUCUCUCACCGAAUUCUUCUUUACAAAUGUAAUUAUUGCUAUAUUAAUAAAAGAUGGGUGGGAUGUGAAAUAAUACAAAACACUUAUGAAGGGUGAACUGCCUAUAUUCGGCAAGAUCGAUAUAUAUACAUACAUAUAUUUAUACCACAUCUUCGUAAUGAAGCAAAUGAAAGUUAACUGUCUUGCAAGUGGUCUUUAAACCAUUGGCUGACUGGUGUCAGGCUUUUCUUUCAGGUGGACAUCGAUUAUUUUUCUCUCUCCAGAAUGUGUAUAUGGAAGUAAUUCCUUAUGAAAAGUAUAUCGUGAACUGGGGCCUGGAUGAGGGGAGAAGUUGCACUGACUGCAGACUUGCACUAUUUUCUCAGUGCAGAAUUUGAUAGAUUCUUAAAUCCAGCCUUGAAUUUGAAACUUUUGUUUUAUUUUUUGUAUAGCACAGAAAAUUGUUUUCAAAAUUAGGACAAUGUAAGGAUUUGCCAAAUUCUUUACUUUCUGUAAUGCUAAGAAAAAGCAAGUUUAAAGCCAGGUGGAAUUGCACCCCAUAUAUGUGGUAUAAUCUCAAUAUUAGUUUCUUUCUCUCCUCCUAAUUGUGUAUAAUCAAUACCAGUUAUGCUAUUGUUUUUGAUCAUUUUGACAUUCAGAUGAACUGAUUUUUAAAAUUUUAAAUAUUUUUUCUUCUGUCAUGGAAACUGAUAUUUUCACAUGUAACCUCAAACAUUUCUUUCUUUGUAUUCAGAAUCCUGAUUUAAUGGCUUGCUGAGAUAUAUGUAUAAAACAUUGCUCAAUGUUAUCUAUAUUGUUAAUAAAAUGUCUUAAGAAAUGUU